AUAAUAAAUGCUCCAAGUCGUUGAAUUUGCCACAAGCAAGUUAUCGUGAGCACUUUAACUUGAGAGACGUAGGAUCCAAUAGCCAGUAUGAGUAGCAAAGUAGCCAGCGCUGACAGCCAACGCAGAACGUUAAAAACUGAAUCCAACCCUGGCAUUUAGAUCCCAGGAAAAUGCACUUCCCCAACAAACUAUCCCACUUUUCCGUCCAUCUUUUCUAGUGCUGUUGUUUUCAACAUGUGGAGAUCCCAUUGUCAGAAGGUCUCUAUGCGUCAGACUCUUAUUUAAAUGAUUCAGAUUCAUACUCAAUCAGAAUCAGAAUCAGAAUCAGAAUCAGAAUCUGCAUCUGAAUCACAGGCUGCUGGUUUACUCAGAUUUCCCACAUAUAUAGUUUCUUCAAUUUUGCAUUGCUCUUUGGUACAUUUCUCUUCUUCAAAUCCCGUCAUUGGAAUAUAUACUAUUUUACAAGGCAGAGAGAAUUAUCUGUCUCCAAAGAUGUAUCUAGUGGAGAGCAAAGGUGGAGCCAUAGUAUGCAUGCUAUUUUCUUUGUUUUUCUUAGGCACAUGGCCUGCUAUUAUGAAUCUGCUAGAAAGACGAGGUCGCCUUCCUCAGCAUACUUACCUUGAUUAUUCUAUCACCAAUCUCUUGGCUGCUGUAAUUAUAGCUUUCUCUUUUGGUGAGAUUGGCAAGAGCACACCUGAGUCACCAAAUUUUCUAACCCAACUUUCUCAGGAUAAUUGGCCCUCUGUUAUGUUUGCAAUGGCUGGUGGAGUGGCCCUUAGCAUUGGAAACUUGUCCACACAGUAUGCUUGGGCUUUUGUUGGUUUGUCAGUGGUGGAGGUCAUCUCUUCUAGCUUAAUUGUUGUUAUAGGAACAAUCAUGAACUACUUCUUGGAUAACAAAAUUAAUAGGGCUGAGAUUCUUUUUCCUGGGGUUGGUUGCUUCUUGAUUGCUGUUUGUCUUGGUUCAGCUGUUCAUUCUUCCAAUUCAGCUGAUAAUAAAGCAAAGCUCAAGAAUUUAUCAAAUGAUUGUCAACUCAAAACAGUGGACACAGGUUCUUCCACAACCAAGGAAGAAGAAUUUCCAAACAAUGGAGCAAAAGAUCUGGAGAAUGGAAAUGCUCCUUCAGAAAAGGCAAAAGCUGGAACUGCAGCUUUCCUCAUAGAGCUUGAAAACAGAAGAUCAAUCAAGGUGUUUGGGAAGAGCACUUUGAUUGGACUGGCUAUAACUUUCUUUGCUGGUUUUUCCUUCUCACUCUUCUCACCAGCUAUCAAUUUAGCUACAAAUGAUCAAUGGCACACCUUGAAGAAAGGGGUUCCUAAAUUAAUUGUCUAUACUGCAUUUUUCUGGUUCUCAGUCUCCUGUUUUGUGCUUGCCAUAAUUUUAAAUGUCACUUUCCUUUACCGGCCUGUACUGAACUUACCCAAAUCAACAUUGAAGGCUUAUGUUAAUGAUUGGAAUGGCAGAGGCUGGGCCUUCCUGGCUGGAUUAUUAUGUGGGUUUGGGAAUGGCCUUCAAUUUAUGGGAGGUCAAGCUGCAGGAUAUGCAGCAGCAGAUGCUGUUCAGGCACUCCCACUUGUGAGCACAUUUUGGGGCAUAGUGAUCUUCAAAGAGUAUCGAAAAUCCUCAAGAAGAACAUAUAUUUUGCUUACAAGUAUGCUGUCCAUGUUUAUUGUGGCUGUUGGGGUUCUCAUGGCUUCUUCAGGCCACCGGAAAUGAGUACUCAGUCGCAAUGUUAUCUUCUGGGAAUUACGUAAAGCUUAGAUUAUUGAAAUGGUUGAUAGGGUAGUCUAAAGCAGGCAAAGGCUGAACCAGCUUGGUCAAUGUUUGUCAGUAAAUCCAUUGUUUGGGAGAUCCUUCCCAAUAUUUAACACUUAUCCUUUGUUGCUUUGUGAUUGCAAUAACUGGGAAAUGAAAUGAUAAACGCAUAUAUCUCAGAUAUCAUGAGC